GGAUGAUAUCAAAGUAAUUAGAUGUCACCAUUACGUGAAAUAUUCGUUUUACUCGCGUAAAUUUUUCCAUUAGUUCAUCAAACUAACGAUUGCAUGAACGAAAAAAUCAUCCAGACGAAACAAACGAUUUAUUCGUAAUGAUGAACUACUUUUAUAGAAUAUUCUUAUAUAGUCUACCUUUUCAAAUUUUAGACAAUAGAUUUUUUUUACACAUAUUCGUUAUUAUGUCGAAAAAAUUACAAGUGAGUGACGUUAAAACACUAUCGAUCAUUCAGUCGACUUUUUCUUUUGUUUUAUAUCUUUUGGAGGGAAGUAAAAAUCAAAAGAAAUGCUAACAGACUCAGGUCAUACAAGCCCAGUCGUAAACGGUCGUUACAGCUACCAAAACGUCAAUUCACGGCUAUUUACGACCGUAAACUGUACAAAACGACAGUAUACGUCAUCGGUUUUGGCCAUUACGGCGGCUGUAAUGAUCACUCUGGGUAGAGCUGUAGAGUUAUCUUGACAAUCAGUCAUCAUCAAUUAGUUCUGAUUAUCAAAAGUUGGUAUCAUCUCAAACAGAUGAUGAUAUGGUAAGCGAUGUAGCUUAAUUCAUUAAUUCUAACUGGUUAAAUUCGUUGAUGAGAGAGAGAAAAGAAAUCGGCGAGAGUGACCGAUCGCAAUGAACUUUAUAAGAGCAUGAGUUGAAGAAAUAAAACAACGAGACUUUUCAACUAGUAGCAGAGUUAGGGGGCCGCUGGAUGGAGCUGAGCUACCCCCGAAACCCUCAAACGACUCCCAGAAGAAAAUUAUUGAGUCUAAUCACCUUGUCGAGAAACAUGAAAAAUCAACUGGAAUAUAGAUCAAGAUGAUUAUUCUUAAUUAUUGAUAGGAUUUAGACGUACGUUUGUAACACAAACAUAAUAUUAGAUUUGAUUUUCUUCUCUACAUGUCAUUGGCUAAUACUUGCACAAUUUAAGUCAAAUGAUAUUCAUAUUGUCCUUCUCUUUAGAAUUCAGCAUGCAUCAGAAAAAGAACAACAAAAUGCAGGUUAUCGUCAUGAUAGACAAGGACUUUUGAGUAUAGCUAUAUGUAUGAUGAAUCAACCAAAUUCAUAAUCACGUUGGGUAUAAGGAAAUUUUUAUUCACUAGCUUAAUAAACUCAACGUUUCUUUCUAUAUUUUAGCGCCUGUACCUUGGUUAGACACAACACAUAUCGUGAUUGGAGAAGUGAUCCAAGGUAUGAAUGUGUUGGAAGAAAUCAUUAAUAAAGGUACGUCUUGUUUCGAUCUCGAUACAGCUUACGGUGCUGCUCAAGCUACUGCUAAUCGCAAUAAUUUUGUUGAUAUUGAACGUAGUGGUGCCGAUAGAGUUCCUUCGAAUAAUGAAAUUGCUUGA